UUUCCAAGAAUAAAUAGCGCCACUUUCGAGCCAAGAAAUUUUAGAGAGAGAGAGAGAAGAGAGAAGAGAGAGAAAGAGUUACGUAGAAAUCACGCGGAAAAAGAUGCAGAUCUUCGUGAAAACCCUCACCGGAAAAACCAUUACCCUAGAGGUGGAGAGCAGCGACACCAUUGACAAUGUCAAGGCCAAGAUUCAGGACAAAGAAGGAAUACCUCCUGACCAGCAGAGGCUGAUAUUUGCUGGUAAACAGUUAGAAGAUGGCAGAACUUUGGCAGAUUACAAUAUCCAAAAAGAAUCGACCCUUCACCUCGUUUUGAGGCUGAGGGGUGGAACAAUGAUCAAGGUCAAAACCCUUACAGGAAAAGAAAUUGAAAUCGAUAUUGAGCCGAACGAUACCAUUGAUCGGAUUAAGGAGCGUGUUGAGGAGAAAGAAGGAAUCCCUCCUGUGCAGCAAAGGCUUAUUUAUGCGGGCAAACAGCUUGCAGACGACAAGACUGCCAAAGACUACAACAUCGAAGGUGGCUCUGUUCUUCAUCUGGUCCUUGCUCUAAGGGGUGGUGGUAUUAAUCUGUAAGCGCAGCUACUUUUAUGCUUAUUGGGAUUCGCAAUGAACUAGUUAUAUAUCAUGUUGUGCCUACCAGUUUGAUCAUUUUAUUGUGGAUUUGAUCUCGUUUUCGAUGUAUUUUUUUCUUCUUGCUUGUUUUUGCUUUUCCUAUGUUUUCUUGAAUAUUUUGGAUCCUCUAAGUCGGAGAGAUUAUGAUUGUCGAUUUUAUUGGGAAAUAUUAUUAUCGGGAUAGUAAAUCGUGAGAAUCGGUUUUGCUGCGUA